AUAUUUUUUGAUUGCAGCUCCCACCACUAUUUUUGACCUACGGUCACACUUUAAACAAUUGUAAUAAAUAAAGAACAAACCGGAAGGUUUUCUUUAAAAUAUUAGAAAAAUCUUGUUAAAUUCUAGUUGCCGCAUACUUUUUCCGCAAAACUUACGACACCCAAAAAAAUGCCGCGAUACAGGGAGUGGGACCUGGCGUGCAAAGUGUAUGUGGGCAACCUGGGCUCCUCCGCAUCCAAGUACGAAAUCGAGGGUGCCUUUUCAAAAUACGGUCCCCUGCGGAAUGUGUGGGUAGCACGCAACCCGCCCGGUUUUGCCUUUGUGGAGUUCGAGGACCGGCGUGACGCAGAGGACGCGACGCGUGCUCUGGACGGAACACGCUGCUGCGGCACAAGGAUACGCGUAGAGAUGUCGUCUGGUCGCUCCCGCGAUCGUCGACGCGGUGAAGGUGGUAGCAGCAGUGGGCGUGCUGGAUCCGGGCGCUACAGGAUAACUCCUUCGGCUAGAACUACUUCCACUGCUACUUCUUCCUUCUACAACAUCAACAAUCUACAACAGCAACCAUCUUCACAGCCACAGCCAGCAACCUUCAACUUGCAACUCCAAAUUAUCCAUGUUCAGCGUCACAGCCUCACAGAAGUUUAUAUUAGCAACCCAAAUGAAUUCAUCCUAGAAGAAGCAUUGCAGUCGCCAAAGAGUUCUACUAUUGAAGUUAUCCUGCGUAUCCCACAGAUAAUAGCUUAGAAUUAUAUUCAUUCAUUUAGUUGCUAAAGCCAGUGCAGGCCCUGGCGGUUUAUUAUAAAAUUUUAAUUGGCUGGUCCAGCUUUCUCUAUUUUUUUACUACAAAGUAGAGAAACGAGAGCGAAAUCGGUUUAAACGCAGUUAAAAAAAGUAUCUUAGAAUUCUCCGUCCAGUCAGUCGUUGCAAAUAUGUAUUUCCAUAUCGUAGAGGGAUUUGAAACUUGGAAAAAAUUUACGGGGCUUAUUAAAGGCAUCGUAUAGAUUUUUAAUGUCUUUUGAAUCAAAUUAGUUGAGCUCAUGCUUAAAAAAAUAUAAUUUAUCAAUUAAUGGGUUAAACUGUUAGCAGAGCCUCAUUUGUGCAUUUUUAUAAUUUGUUUAUAUUGCAAAUAAGCUUGGACAACAUUUUGUUUUUAGUGUCACACUUAUUUUCCAGCACUUUGUAAGUCGCUUAUGCACAAUCACUUUUUACUAUUAUUCUAAGUCGAUUAUUGAGUUUUAUCUAUGUUAAAUCGUUAAUAAUCUUAUCUUUUCU